AUGGAUUUAAUUCGUUAUCAUAAAUUUGAAUUACUUGCCUGCACAAUUCUCAUCUCAUCACUGCUUGUGAUAGAUGGUGCCUCCCCUGACGGGCUGCCUCAGACUGUGGACCCAUGCUCUCCAAACCCAUGCCAAAACAGGGCAAUAUGCAGAAUACACAGAAACGGCUACUCGUGCUUCUGUGUGCCGGGGUUCCAGGGGACUCACUGUCAGAUUGAUGUGAAUGAGUGUGUUUCACAGCCUUGCAGGAACGGAGCCACGUGUAUAGACAGAGUGGGCAGGUUCUCCUGUCUGUGUUCUCCUGGGUUUACUGGGACCGCUUGCGAGGUCCAGAUUGAUGAGUGUCAAUCACAGCCAUGUCUCAGUGGUGGCAGUUGCCAUGACUACACCGGUGGCUUCAAUUGCACCUGCCGGCCCGGUUUCCAAGGACACCGGUGCGAAAUCAACAUUGAUGAGUGCCAAGCGCAGCCAUGCCAAAAUGGGGCUCUGUGCAUAGAUGGUGUGAAUGAAUACAGCUGUGACUGCUCUCACACAGCCUUCACAGGCAGACACUGUGAGACACCACUGUCAGGAUGCGUCUCUGAACCCUGCUUCAACAGCGCCAUCUGUAAGGACACCCAGGGUAACUACACCUGUGAAUGCUGGCCAGGAUUUGAGGGGCAUCAGUGUGAGAUAGACGUCAAUGAGUGCAGCAGCAGCCCUUGCAUGCAUGGAGGCCGCUGCAUUGAGAGGUCAUGGCAAGCCCUGUACGGCAGUGAGCCUCUGCUGCUUGAACACUAUGACCAGCAGCAUGCUGCAGGCUACAUCUGCAGCUGUCCUCCAGGAACAGCAGGUGCCCUCUGUCAGGAGGUGAUAAAUCAGUGUGAUCCCAGUCCCUGCCAGAAUGGGGGUAGGUGUGAGAGCCACGUUGGAGGCUACAUUUGCCACUGCCUCAAACAGAGUCAUGAUGGUAUUCUCUAUGGAGGUGCAAACUGUGAUGUGAGGCUGGUGGGCUGUAAGGGACAUGAAUGCCAGAAUCAAGGCUCCUGCUCUCCCUUCCUAUUGGAUGGGACUCACGGCUACACCUGCUCCUGCUCAGCUGGGUACACUGGACCCCUCUGCAAGACCCCCACCACAUUCUCCUUCGAACGCAGAGGCUACCUGCUGCUUCAGAGUCCACUGGUGGAUGACGAGGUCUCUUGCAACAUCACACUAAGCUUCAAGACUGUUCUGCCCAGAGCGGUGUUGUUCCAGCGGAACAACAGGGGCCUGCUGCUCAGCCUGGAGCUGGAGGGAGGGCAGCUUCGUCUCACACUGAGGAAAGAGGCUUCUGCACGGGCUGAAGCAGAGAGCCUUAGCCAGAUUUUGGAGCUCCCACACAAUGUCACAGAUGGAGAGUGGCAUUCUGUAGAGGCUUUCCUUGGAAACUGGGUGCUCAGUCUGAGACUCUUGGAUGUUGCUGGGAGAUGCGGGAGCCAGUCAUGCCACAAGGUGGCCCCAGUCCAAAGAACCCUGGCUGGGCUGGUGUCGCGUCCUCAGAACACUUUUAUCGGAGGAGUGCUUCAGGACUCAAAUGGCUCCAGUGGGGACUCUCCACUUCCAGCAUUUAUUGGCUGCAUGCAGGAUGUGUUUGUGGACUGGCAGCUCGUCGUCCCUGAGGAGUGGCUGAGCGACUCUGCUAUUAAUGUGUCCCCUGGCUGCAGCCACAGGGACCGUUGCCUGGAUGUGCCUUGCCAAAACAGAGGACAGUGUGUCAACUUGUGGCAGAGCUACCAGUGCUGGUGUCCAAGGCCUUAUGAGGGGCAGGACUGCGAGGAGGAGCAUGUGAUGGCACGCUUUGGGAAUGAGGACUCUCACAGUUAUGCUGCGUUCACAGUCACUGAUGAUCUGGGCCACGAAUUCUCAAUCUCCCUCUUCCUGCGUACACGGAGGCAAAACGGACUCCUCCUGGUGCUUGCCAACAACAGCAGCCAGUACAUGCACAUGUGGCUGGAGGACGGCAAGGUCACAGUUCAGCUCAGUAGCUUUGAGAGCCUGAAAUCAGAGAAUGCGAUUGAUGACGGGGAAGUCCACUUUGUGAGUGUAGAGGUGGUUGACAAUCGUAUGACACUGUACAUAGCAGCUCAGAAACAGGGUGAUGUGGAGAUCAGGACAGUCAGUGUCCAAGCAGGAGACACUGUGUAUGUGGGAGGUCUGAUGGAGGAGAUGAUGACUUCAGUGUUUGGUGGAUAUUUUAAAGGCUGCAUCCAGGACCUGAGGAUCAAUGACAGCAGGCUGCAAUUCUUUGGGUUGGACACCUCAGUGAGAUCUUAUCCUCUGGAGUUUAUGGAAAACGUGACCACUGGGUGCUCAGGGGACAACGUCUGUAGUAGGAACCCUUGUCUCCAUGGGGGGAUCUGUUACUCCAUGUGGGACGACUUUACCUGCUCCUGCCCCCCCAGUGUAGCAGGGCGGCGCUGUGAAGAGGUCGGGUGGUGCGAGCUGUCCCCUUGUCCCCCAGACUCAGAGUGCAGGAUUCUAAACCAAGGAUACGAAUGCUACUCUAAUGCAACUUUCCUGAAUGACAGCACUGUGCUGUCCUACCGGGGAAACGGCCACAUAUCCCGCAACCUAACUAACCUCUCCCUAAACUUGCGCACACGGAAGCGUACUGCAGCUAUUCUACAUGCAGAGGAGGGUUCAGCAUUCAUCACACUCUCUGUCCAGGAUGGUUUCCUCUUCAUGGAGCUUCGCAGCAUCACUUUAGAUGACAGUGAGGAGAAGGGAGAGGAGGGUGCGUCUACAGUCAUCCUCAGCAGCCGGAGGAUUGUCAGUGAUGGCGAGUGGCACAGUGUCCAUGUGUUCAUGGCAGCACCGUGGGCACAAACCUCCCGGUGGACUUUGGUGCUGGAUGAAGAAAUAGAGGAAGCCACCACUUCUAGUAGCCAGGGAGGCAAUAUGGACUUCCUCAGGCAGGGGGUGGAUAUCUACUUGGGAGGCCUGGCUCCUGAUGCCGGCUGGUCCUUGGCUGGAUGUUUGGGCACUGUAGAGCUGGGUGGCAUUGCCCUGCCUUACUUCAGCUCCUCUGAUGUCAACCUCCCACGCCUGCAGGAGGAGCAGUUCAUCCAGACAUCACUGCAUACACCGCUCCUCGGCUGCAACGGGGCCCCCGUGUGUGAGCCCAACCCCUGUCUGAACGGAGGAGACUGCCAAGACCACUUCAACACCUACAACUGCAGCUGUGCCGAGGGCUGGGCCGGGAGACGCUGUGACUUCUUCACCAACACCUGUGCUUCCAAUCCCUGUGUCCAUGGCAACUGCAGCGUGAAUGGGCUGAGCUACAAGUGCACCUGUGAGUUUGGCUACGCAGGUGUGGACUGUGAGGAGGAGGUGGACAUGUGUGAAAACCACCUGUGUGCCCAUGGAGGCACCUGUCUGCACGGGCCGGACAGGUACGCCUGCCUCUGCGCUGAGAACUACACUGGACCCCUCUGCAAUGAACGGAUUGAAGAAAUUCCGUGGUACAUUGUUGUCAAAAAUGUACGGCCCAAGCUGCCUGUUUCUGUGUGCGGCGAUGACACCAGAAACUACACUUGCUUCAACGGAGGCAACUGCACUGACCGAGAGCUGUCGUGUGACUGUCCGCCCGGCUUCAUUGGACACCGGUGUGAGCAGGAGGUGGAUGAGUGCAAGUCCAACCCCUGUCUGAAUGGAGGCUACUGCCGCAACCUCAUCAACAAGUUUGUCUGCGUGUGCGACAUGAGCUUCGCUGGAGACACGUGCCAGACGGACUUUGGUGUCUGUUGUCCUGCUGCUGGUUCUCAUCCUGACCUCCGUUGGACUGGUGGUGGCGCUAAACCGCCGCGCCACCCACGGCACCUACAGCCCCAGCCGGCAGGAGAAAGAGGGGUCGCGGGUGGAGAUGUGGAGCAUCACCCAGCCGCCGCCUAUGGAGAGACUGAUAUGACAUGCAGGAAGGAACUGUGUUUACAUGCAGGGUAAUAAUUUUGUUAUUACAGUCAUUUAGGAGCUGAUACCAGAAAUAAACCUGAUAUCAGAUGAAUAACUGGCUCAGAGGGAACUGAAUAUCUGGAUCCUGCAUGUAAACAUGGUCUUCGCCUCACAGUACCUUCAAACUAAAACUAUAGCUGUCUUUCCUCAUUUGCACAUGCACGUGUCGGAAGACUGUACGAGAUCUUGUGACACCAUUUUUGUGUAAAUACGCAGCCCACCUUGCUUCAUCCAUCUUCCAGCGAUGUUUUGCACCUGGCUUCACCAUUCAGCAGUACAUCCAUCUAAAUGCAAAGAUCUGAGUUCAGUCACAUGCCACAUCUUUCUGUCCAUUUUUUUUUUUUAGAAUGGAUGGACCAGUGAGCAAACACGGAAUAAUGUCUACAUUUUAGACACACACACACACACACACACACUUUGUCUUGAAACCUCGUCCAGAAACAAGCAGAAUGAGACAGAACAGUCCUCAGUUAAAUUCAUAAAAUUCAAUCCAUGUGUAUUUAUUACAGGAAAAUGGCUUUCUAAUUCUGCAUGUUGCUGCCAGUAUUGAUUUAUUUUUCAGUGAACUUUCCCAUGGAACUUUUCUAACUCCUCACUGAGAGAAAAUCUGUUUUUUUAAGAGUAAUUUCUUCUAGAAUAGUUCUUCUUCUAGGCUGAUUGGUGUGUUGUUAGUAACAGGCUGUGUCUAGGCUAAGUUGUUAUUUUUCGUUGUAUACACUGCACUGAUUAUUUUGUUUAUUAUUUUUCAAACUGUGAAUUUUAUUUUGUACCUUUAAUUGUUGACAUCUGUAUGAAAAAUCUGUCUGCCAAUUAAAGUGAAUUUAUUUGUUUUAAUUUAUU